CCCACCCACCGCUGGAGAGGCUCCUCGGUGAAAAGUUGAGUGUAGUCUGAUAAGCAGGAGCCAUUAUCCGCCGCGGGGAGGACGGAAGGCUUCACCUGCAGCAGCAGCCUGCGCUCGGGGACGCUCACCAAUCCUAACCCGCCCAAACCUCCCUUUUUCCCUCUGAUGUUGUAGCUGCACCGCUGCCGCGGCCGCAGGAUGAAGGCCUGCCCGGAGAGAGCGCUGCUCCUGCAAGGGCUCCAGGAGGAGGAGGACGGCGCCUUCGAGGGGCUGAAGCAGGAGGAGGAAGUGGAGGACGAAAACGGGCCCUUCGUGGUGGUGAAGCUGGAGGAGGAGCAGGCGGCCUGCAGCGCUCGGUGCAGCGGCUCCAGCAGCGCCAGCAGCGCCAGCAGCGCCAGCAGCGCCAGCAGCGCCGCCGCGGAGGCCAAGAUGGAGCUGGAGCUCAGCCUGUUCGCUCCGGUCGAGUCCGACGAGGAGGAGCAGCAGCGGCUCCAGCAGCGCUCCUUGACCGACUCAGAGUGCGACUCGGCCGGCGCGCCCGCGUGGAGGAACCGCGGGGCCCGCGAGCGAGCAGGCCAGACAGAGGCAGCAGAAUUCCCUCAGAAGCGCCCUCGAGGACGGCCGAGGAGACAGAAGAAGGCUGUGGGGAGGCGGGGAAGGCCGAGGAAAGUGGCAGCCGGCGGUGAAAGCAGGAUGGAAGUGAUUCUGGAAGCGGAUGAGGAAGAGGAGCCUCGUGAACAUGCACCUCCGCAAAAACGCGCCAGGUCAAUGUGCUGGGACUUUUCUCCAGCCAAGGUCUCUCACUCUGGAGUCUGGGAACAUUUCGAGUAUUUCAUAAACCCAGACGGGGAGGUCGAGGACGACGGUUUCCCCACAUGUAAAAUAUGCCAGCAAAAGGUGGCGUGUAAACGAGGGAACACGUCGAACAUGCUGAGACACCUGCAGGAUUACCAUACAGCUGCCUAUUACAAAGCCAAGAAAGUGGACGCCGUGUGGACCGAGUGGGAUUCUUCCGACUCGGACAGAGAGAUGAAGAUGGAAGAAGACGUGGAGGACAUGGAGAAGCAGUGGCACAGCGAGGAGGAGAAAUACGACAUUGACGCUGAUGACGACGACGUCGAUUACACUGACAGGAGAUACCCCAGAUCCACCCGACAGAAGAGGCAGGUCAGGUCGGCUGUGUGGCAGUACUUCGUAUAUAACAACGACGACGAUGCCAACAAGGAGAGAGUCGCCAGCUGUAGGAUCUGUGGCUGGAAAGUGUCUCCGGGAUCUUCCUGCAACACCAGCAACAUGCGCUACCAUCUCCAGGCCCACCAUCAGAUCGUGUGUCCGGUGACAAAGCCUGGGAUCCCUACCAGCAUUGAUAUUCCUCUGGCUGAAGGAGAAGAACAGUUAAAACUUUUUCCACCAAAAAACCCUCGAAAGUCUGGGGUGUGGAAGCUUUUUGGGUUUGUCUUGAACACGGAGGGAAUCGUGGAGGAGAACGGUUUCCCCAUCUGCAGACUGUGCCAUCAAGUAGUGGCGUCUAAAGAUGGCAAUACAUCAAAUAUGCACAGCCAUCUGCAGCGGCAUCAUCAGACAGUUUAUGCAGAACUGAAGCAUAUAAUUGGCUCCGCGAGACCAGAGCACAGAUUAUCGGAGCCAGCAGAGAUUCAUCCACCUGUUAAACAUCGCAAUUCCCCCGUGUGGAAAUAUUUUGGAUUCGUCAAAAACGCAGAGGGCAUGGUGAAGGAGGACGGCUUCGCCCUCUGCAGAUUGUGCCUUCGGAAAGUGGCGGCGAAGGACGGAACCACUUCCAACAUGUUAAACCACCUGCGGCGCCAUCAUCAGGCGGAGUACGAGGAGGUGAAGCUUGCAACCGAUGCUUUGCCUUUGGCAAGUGCAGAUGACGGAAGCGACUUGCCAGAGCUGUUUCCACCCACCAGACUACCGCUGUCACCGGUGUGGGACUACUUCGGCUACCCCAAAAACGCAGACGGAGUGAUCGAGGAGAACGAGCACCCCAAAUGUAAAGCCUGCAGACGGUCCAUAAUUUCCAGACAAGGAAUUUUAUCCAACAUGUUAAGACACUUAAAAUUCCACCACAAUUCUUUAUUUGCUGAGUUGAAGCUUAAAACCGGUGCUCCCAGACAGUACAAGGAGAGGGUCCGCCCCCCUCCCAUCCAGGCAACGCCUGAAGAGCUUCAUCCGCCCAAAAUUGCUCUCAAGUCAGCAGUUUGGAAAUAUUUUGGAUACCUCAAAAAUUCAGACGGGGUUGUCGUGCCUGACGGCUUCCCAGUCUGCAAACUGUGCCUCCGGAAAGUUAGUACCCAGCGGGGCAGUACGACAAAUAUGAUGGUCCAUCUGCAGAAUUAUCACCAAACUGAGUUUGCGGAAAUGAAGCUGUCCGGCGACGAAAAUGAAACUGGUGAUGACGGCGAAAUUCCAGGACAAGCAGAAAAUACAGACGAGCAUUCCAAACUUUUCCCGCCAAGAGAUCUUCUUGAACCUGUUUGGGAACAUUUUGGGUACCAAAAAGAUGCGGAUGGAGCUGUCCAGGUGGACGGCCAUCCUUUAUGUAAAAUCUGUGGAAGCAAAGUGUCCUGCGAAGGAGAAAACACUCAGUUCUUAUACAGGCAUCUUUGGAAGAAACACAAAUCGGUCUACUACGAAGUCAAGGUGGCCACAAAUUCUUUGAGAGAGGAGGAUGGACUCUCGCCUCCAGCUCUUUAUCCACCAACGCAAAGGGUGAAGUCUGUGGUCUGGGAAUAUUUCGGUUACUUGAAAGAUGCAAACGGGACAGUUGUGUGCGACGGCUUCCCCAUCUGCAAGAUUUGUCAGUUGAAUGUUGCUGCCAAAGGUGGGAAUACGACCAACCUCUUCAAACAUCUCCAGGAUCAUCAUAAGGCCGUCUAUGAGGAAAUCAGGCCGGGUUUCUCAGAUGAAGUAGUUGCAGGUGCUGGUACAUCUUCAACAUCUUCAGAACUCUCUGCACCCAAUGCUCAAAUUAACUCUAAACUGUGGGAUUAUUUUGAGAACCCCAAGAACGCUGAGGGAACCUCAGUAGAGGAGGGUCCUCCAAUCUGUAAGAUCUGUGACCAAACUCUGGAGUCCAGUGGCGACACCACAUCAAACAUGAUGAAACACCUUCAGGAAAAUCAUGAAAUGGUGUAUGCAGAGGUUCAGGCUGCAAUUGUUCCUCCAAGGGCCGACGAUGGACUCGAGGCUCCAGACCUUCACCCGCCAACUCAAAACCUCUUAUCUCGCGUCUGGGAAUAUUUUGGCUUCCUGAAAGACACGGCGGGAUCCGUUGUUUUUGAUGGCUACCCUAUCUGCAGAAUGUGUCAACAAAGAGUGGAGGCCAAAGGAGGAGACACAACAAACAUGUUUUUACACUUAAAGGCUCACCAUUUGCAAAUUUACAAAGAGAUCAAGCCAGCAACUGAAAAGAAGAUCUACAAGGCCUCCGAACUUUCUCCGCCAAACGGCGAAAUCGACUCCAGACUGUGGGAUCAUUUUGGAUAUCCCAAAAACGCAGAUGGUGUUAUUGAAGAUGACGGAGCGCCGGUGUGCAAACUGUGCCUUCAGAAACUUAAUACAGCUUCCAAGAGUGCGACUAUCUCCUCCAACAUGAUGAGACACCUUCGGAAAAAACACGAAUUGGUGUACAAUGAAGUCCAGGAGGCGCUCACUGCCUUGCGAGCGGAGGGAGGUAACGACUCUGCAGAGCUUCAUCCACCAACACAGAAUGUCACGUCUCCAGUCUGGGAGUAUUUUGGAUACCUGAAAGAUGCGGAAGGUUUAGUCGUGUCCGACGGCUUCCCCAUCUGCAAAAUGUGCCAAAAGAAAGUGGCGUCCAAAGGAGGAAACACGACCAACAUGUUCAAGCAUCUCAAAGAUUAUCAUAGGACCAUCUAUGAUGAGAUUAGAUCCGCAGUUACAAACGAGACCCUUGAGGAUACUUACACCGCUGCUGACCUCCAUCCGCCGAGCGGUCAACAUGACUCGACCUUGUGGGAGCAUUUUGGAUACCGGAAAGAUGCAGAGGGAAUCCUCCAAGAGGACGGAGCUCCUUAUUGUAAAAUUUGCCUUCGGAAAUUAAUUUCCAAAGGCGAGACCACAAGAAAUAUGCGUCAACACCUCAAGGAGAACCACAGCAGCGUCUACACAGAACCAGAGGAGGUGGUCAGCUCGUUCACCUGGGAGGCGGACAUGGAUUCCUCAAACCUCUGUCCUCCAACACACAAGGUGAAAUCAGCCGUCUGGAAAUUCUUCGGGUAUCCGAAAGACGCAGAAGGGUCAGUGGUGUGUAACGGCUUCCCCAUCUGCAAACUGUGUCAGAAGAAAGUGUCGGCUAAGGGAGGGAAUACCACCAACAUGUUCUCACAUCUCAGAGACUAUCAUCGGCCCACGUACGAUGAAAUCAAGGCUGUGGUCAUUCCUGCGAGGGCCGAAACUGACCUUGAACCACUGGAACUUCACCUGCCAACAGCUGACGCGAUGUCCCCAGUCUGGAAAUAUUUCGGAUACCCGAAAAACUCAGAUGGCACCAUUUUGUGUGAUGGCUUCCCAAUCUGCAGGAUUUGUCAAAAGAAGGUUUUGGCCAAAGGAGACAACACGACAAACAUGCUGAUACAUCUGAGAGCGUAUCAUUUGGACAUUUACAAAGAAGUCAAGUCCGCAGUAGCAAAAAAGGUUGUCUACAGACCCUUCGAGCUCUUUCCUCCGAACAGUCAGAACGACAUAAAGCUGUGGGAUCACUUUGGAUAUCCCAAAAACGCAGAUGGAGUCCUUCAGGACGACGGAGCGCCGAUCUGUAAAAUCUGCCUUCGAAAGCUGAUGAAAGCCUCCGGGGACGGGACCCCAACGACCAACAUGCUGAGGCACCUGCGGAAGAAACACCAGUCUGUGUUUGAUGAAGUCCAGGAGGCGAUCACCGCGUUGAGAACCGAGUGGGGCAUUGAACCCCCAGAACUUCAUCCCCCAACACAAAACGUUACCUCUCCUGUCUGGGAAUAUUUCGGAUACUUAAAAGAUGCCGAGGGCUCGGUGGUUUGUGACGAUUAUCCCAUCUGCAAACUGUGCCAACAGAAGGUGGCUUCGAAAGGCAGAUGUACAACGAACAUGUUUAAACACCUCAAAGAUUACCACCGAGUCACCUACGACGAGAUACGGUCUGCAGUUACAAAUGAGACGUUCGAGGACGUUUGCAUGCCUACCGACCUCCAUCCACCAAACGGUCCGUAUAACCCGAAAUUAUGGGAGUAUUUUGGAUAUCGGAAAACUGAAGAGGGGAUCGUUGAGGAAGACGGCGCUCCGAUCUGUAAACUUUGCUUCCGGAAGUUGAUCUCCAAGGGCGAAACCACGGCAAACAUGAUGCAGCACCUUAAGGAGAACCAUAACGCUGUAUACGCUGAAGUUCAGAGGGAAGUCAACCCAUUCACAAUCAGUGGUGCCACUCAACUCCCAGAUCUGCACCCACCAGAGCACAGAGUGAGAUCAGCAGUGUGGAAAUACUUUGGCUACCUGAGAGACACGGAGGGUCCAGCAGACUGCGCCGGAUACCCCAUCUGCAAAAUCUGCCUUUCGAAAGUGUCGAACAAAGGAAAAGUCACAGCGAAUAUGACUGCGCAUCUCAAGGAUCAUCAUAGAGAUUUCUAUGAUGAGCUCAAGAUACCAGAAAAGAAGGAAAAGGUGGUCAGUGCUGAAGAACUCCCAGAACUUUUCCCACCAAACAAGCAGCCGCUUCCUCCAAUAUGGGAAUAUUUUGGACUUAGCAAGAAUAUCGAUGGGGUUGUUGAAGACAACGGAUCCCCAAUCUGUAAAAUAUGUGCCAGAAAGGUGUCGAGCCAAGAUCCGAGGAGAAUGAUACGACACCUGCAGUUCUGCCAUUUCUCUGCCUAUGAAGAAUUCAAGAAGGCAAACAGGAAAUCAAAGCUGGGCCUACAAGGAGGAAGCGAACCUGCAGAACUUUGCCCUCCAUCGAAGCAAGUUAGAUCCUUUGUUUGGGAAUAUUUCGGAUACCCGAAGAACCCAGAUGGAACGGUGAAUGUGGACGGACGCCCAGUCUGCAAGACGUGUUUCCGGAAGGUUUCCAGCCAAGGAGGAAACACCACAAACAUGCUCAAACACCUGGAGGACAAGCACGGAUUCAGUCAGUAGGGAAACGGACCGAGUGGGCAAGUCGUGCGAAACUUAUUCCGAGGAAACCUGCAUGUAAAGAACCGCAAGUUAAGCUCGUUUUGUUUUUGUUUGUCUGUUUUUAACGUGUGGACACCAAGAAGAAUUCAGCGUGUUCGUGUGUCACUGCCUGUUUCCGGUCUAGAGGAUUACAAGGCCUGGUCUACGUCAAGAAGAGACUUGCUGCUAUAAAAAAAAGGAUGAGCGGUUGUUAAAUUUUUUUUUAUUAUUAUUAAUUUUUGUUCCUUUUUUGUGCAAAAAAGUAUAAGAAGGUGACUUGGGACUCAAAUCUACAUAUAUGCACAUGCAUAUGCUCCUGUGCUGGACUUUAAAUCACUUUAUUACCUCACAACAUCCCCAUCAAAGAAAAGAGCACCUACUCUGUGGUGCUUCUGAAGGGGUGCCAUUGAUAUGAGGUGGAACCACGAGUGACUGUCUGGACGUAGUUUAGUCAGCGCCCGGUACACGACUUAGGGGGCAGCCUUAUGAUGAAUUAUUAAUCUUUAAAAACAUUUAUAAACACAGUUUUAAGAAUACAAAGUGCUGUUCUUGGGGAAAAAAAAACAGUUCUUAAAGAUUUUCUUGGUCUAAAAACGGUCUGGCGUUCGGCAAGGCAAGCUUUUGAAAGCAUAACGUCUAUGCUUGUGGCUGAGAUGAGAUUAAGAGAAUAUUUUUUAGAAUAUUAUUUCUAAGAGAAUAUUUAA